UUUCUGUUCAGGGGAAAGUGAAACUGUCUGACAGUUGCUAAGAAGAGGACGAUGGCGCAGCAGGAAAAUCAGCUCGACCGGGUUAAAUUCUCUUGUUCCAUCUGUUUGGAUCUUUUAAAGGAUCCGGUGACUAUUCCCUGUGGACACAGUUACUGUAUGAAGUGUAUUAAGGACUUCUGGGAUGAAGAGGAGAAGAAAAUCCCCAGCUGUCCUCUGUGUAGAGAGACUUUUACUCCGAGGCCGGUGCUGGUGAAAAACACCAUGUUAGCUGAUUUAAUGGAGGACAUGAAGAAGACUGGACUCCAAGCUGCUCCUGCUGAUCACUGCUAUGCUGGACCUGAAGACGUGGCCUGUGAUUUCUGCUCUGGGAGAAAACUGAAAGCUGUCAAGUCCUGUUUAUUCUGUCUGGCCUCUUACUGCCAGAAACACCUUCAACCUCAUCAUGAUGUGGCUCCAUUAAAGAAACACAAGCUGGUGGAUCCCUCCGAGAACCUGCAGGACAACAUCUGCUCCCGUCACGGUGAGGUGAUGAAGAUGUUCUGUCGUACUGAUCAGAAGUGUAUCUGUUAUCUCUGCUCUGUGGAUGAACAUAAAGGCCACGACACAGUCUCAGCUGCAGCAGAAAGGACGGAGAGGCAGAGAGAGAUGGAGGUGAAACGACAACAAAUCCAGCAGGAGAUCCAGGACAGAGAGAAAGAUGUGAAGCUGCUUCAGCAGGAGGUGGAGGCCAUCGAUCAGUCUGCUGAUAAAACAGUGGAGGACAGUGAGGAGAUCUUCACUGAGCUGAUCUCUCUCCUCCAGAAGAGAAGCUCUGAUGUGAAGCAGCAGAUCAGAUCCCAGCAGGAAACUGAAGUGAGGAGAGUCAGAGAGCUGGAGGAGAAGCUGCAGCAGGAGAUCAGUGACCUGAAGAGGAGAGACGCUGAGAUGAAGCAGCUCAGAGACAUCGAGGACCACAACCAGUUCCUCCACAACUACCCCUCACUGUCACCACUCAGUGAGUCCACACACUCCUCCAGCAUCAGCAUCCGUCCUCUCACACACUCCUCCAGCAUCAGCAUCCGUCCUCUCACACACUCCUCCAGCAUCAGCAUCCGUCCUCUCACACACUCCUCCAGCAUCAGCAUCCGUCCUCUCACACACUCCUCCAGCAUCAGCAUCCGUCCUCUCAGGUACUUUCAGGAUGUGACAGCAGCUGUGUCAGAGGUCAGAGGUCGACUACAGGACAUCCUGAGAGACACGUUGACAAACGUCUCACAGGCCGUUACUGAGGUGGAUGUUUUACUGUCACAACCAGAACCAACGAGUAGAGCUGGAUUCUUGAAAUAUUCAUGUGAAAUCACUCUGGAUCCAAACACAGUACACACAUGGCUGUUACUGUCAGAGGAGAACAGAAAGGUGACAGUUAUGAACCAACGUCAGUCUUAUUCUAGUCAUCCAGACAGAUUCACUAAUCUUCAUCAGGUCCUGAGUAGAGAGAGUCUGACUGGACGUCAUUACUGGGAGGUGGAGAAGAAAGCAUGUGUAGUUUUUGUAGCAGUUUCAUACAAGAAUAUCAGCAGAUCAGGGGGGUUGAAUAAAAGUGGAUUUGGAUAUAAUGACAAAUCUUGGUCACUACGUUGUUCCUCAGAAAGUUAUGUAUUUAAUCUCAACGACAUCCAAACCUCCAUCUCAGGUCCUCAGAGCUCCAGAAUAGGAGUUUACCUGGAUCACAGAGCAGGUGUUCUGUCCUUCUACAGCGUCUCUGGAACCAUGACCCUCCUCCACAGAGUCCAGACCUCCUUCACUCAGCUGCUACACGCUGGAGUUCAUGUUUACUCCCCUCCUGGAGCCUCAGCUGAGUUCUGUAAACUCAAAUAGACUUAUUUACUCUUCAUGUUUUUAUUUCAGUUUUUCUUUAUUUUAUUUUCUUCUCAGAGACGAUCGUCUCAAACUCUGAUGGAUAGAGGGAUGUUUUUGUUCUAUAAGUUGAUGUUUUGUUGUGAUUUCCUCUUUUGGAGGUGGAAGUUGUUCUUUUGUACAGUAGUUUCACCUGGGAAAUAUUAAUAAUAUUAACAUCUUCUAUUUCAGUAUAAAAACAUAGAAAUAAGCCUGUGUUGUAAUUGUUGUUAACUAUUAGCUUUGAUGUGUUUUUAUGUUGUAUUUCUCUUUUCUUCCACUUCAUGGACUCCAACAGACGACCCACCAGACCUUCUUCAUCUCUGAUAUCAUGUCUGCAUUCACACUCGUUUCCUCAUUCAUUAGCAAACCAAAUGUUCUUGAAUGUUCAUGUUUUCUAAAGAUGAAGAUAUUUUUUAGACUCGAGCACAAAGUAAAUGAUUUCAUAAAUGUUAGUGACAGCAGCAACGCAGCAAACAGUUCAGUAAAGCCUGUAGUUGGUGUAAACUAGUGUGUUGGGGCCGGUAGUCAUCGCUGCAGCUGCAGGACCAGACUAGAUCUGCACAUCACAUGUUGUUGAUGUCUCAAUCUGUUGAGGAUGUUUCAUGUUUAACAAUCUGAAUAUUUAGUAAGAAAUAAAACUUCUGAUGUUCUAACAAAGUGUUUUCUUCAGUCUUCAUUCCAGGAUUUGACUCAGAUCUGAGGGAGAAAACAUGAAUCUAAUAUUUAAGUAAAACUGAGGCAGUUUUCCUCCUGAAACAUCACAAAGUACAGAGUUCAUGUUCACAACAGAUCAUAUUUCUGGAUUUAAAUGUGUCUUUACUGAUUUUACUGCUCUUGUUCUGGCCAGA